AGCAGAGGGGCAAGAAAACAGUCGUCAGGGGGAUGUGUGUGCAAACCGCGGAGGUUUUCUUAUGGGGCUCUCGGGAUGAUCUGAAAUGGAGCUGCGUGAGUAAAAUGUAUAAUGAAGUUUCUUAGAAAAAUGAAGAAAUUCAGAUGUAUAUUUUAAGCGAGCGUCCUAAAAAUAACCUCCAGUAGCAUUUAAAGGGACAAGCUUCCAAAUACCAUCUUCUGCACAAAACAACAUCGCUUUGGCUUUUGGACCGCAUCUCCCGUAGCCUGCUGUGCAUCGUUCCAGAGACGGCCAUGGCGAAUCCCGCCCUUGCUGCUACCCGGGGCUGAGUGUUCCCCCCUUUUCGGGGAGGAGGAUGCCUCUUCCUGGCAGAGAUGGAGUUAAGGGCUGCUGUGUGUACUGAAGCCAGCAGUGGUGCAUGCCGGUACCACGGGGUCUGGUGGCCGCUGCGAGCCGGUGCCGUAGUGCUCUGCUGUCAGCGUGGGGCGAGAAGUGGCGAUGUGAGACGUGGGGCUGCGUGCGGCCGGGUCGCUGCCUGCUGAAUAAGGACAAUCGCUGGAUCAGGACAGUUUCUUCUCUAUUUUUUUUUUCCUCCUCCAUCGUAAAGCUAAUGGCCAUGCAGCGUGUAGCCUCCACGAGUGCAGCCCCGCUCUGGGCAUGAAGGGCCGGGGCUGCUGGGAGUCAGGAUCCGUCCGUUCCUUCUGCAACUCCGCCUGCCUCAACAAGUUCCCCAAGGAUGACUCGGGCGAUGAGGAGCCCGCCUCGCAGUCAGACAAGAGCGAGCUGCACGGCACGCUGAAAACCCUCUCGAGCAAGCUGGAGGACCUGAGCACUUGCAAUGACCUGAUCGCGAAGCACGGGGCGGCCCUGCAGCGCUCGCUCAGUGAGCUGGAGAACCUGAAGCUGCCGGCCGAGAGCGGCGAGAAGAUCAAGGCGGUGAACGAGCGAGCCACGCUCUUCCGCAUCACCUCCAAUGCUAUGAUCAACGCUUGCCGCGAUUUCCUGGACUUAGCGGAGACUCACAGCCGCAAAUGGCAGCGGGCGCUGCAAUAUGAGCGGGAGCAGAGGAUCCGGCUGGAGGAGACCAUCGAGCAGCUAGCCAAGCAGCACAACAGCUUGGAGCGAGCCUGCCGCGGGGCCCCGGGCAGCGCGGGCAGCACCGGCACCACCAAGGGGAGUGUGCAGUCCUCAAAAGGAGAGGCCAGUGACGAAGAUGAAGAGACGGAGUAUUUUGAUGCCAUGGAGGAUGCACCAGCUUUUAUCACUGUAACCGCAGACCCCAAGCACCACAGGCGUUCGGGCAGUAACCUGAGCGGGGCCAGCGAGGGGCACCCCGAGGACUGGAACCUGGAGGACAGCGUCUUUGAAAGCUCAAAUCAAAGCAGCUACAAUGAGUCUUGCAAAGACCUUCUGCCGAAGAAAAGGAGGCGGACCCGCAUCCCCGACAAACCCAACUACAGCCUUAACCUCUGGAGCAUCAUGAAGAACUGCAUCGGCAAAGAGCUGUCCAAGAUCCCCAUGCCCGUAAACUUCAACGAGCCGCUCUCCAUGCUGCAGCGACUGACGGAGGACCUGGAGUACCACGAGCUGCUGGACAAAGCUGUCAAGUGCGAGAGCUCCACGGAGCAGAUGUGUUUCGUGGCUGCGUUUUCAGUGUCUUCCUACUCGACGACAGUCCACCGCACAGCAAAGCCAUUCAACCCGCUGCUGGGGGAAACCUACGAGCUUGACCGGCUAGAGGAGUUUGGCUUCCGUUCCCUGUGCGAGCAGGUGAGCCACCACCCGCCGGCGGCUGCCCACCACGUCUUCUCCAAGCGAGGGUGGACGUUAUGGCAGGAAAUCACGAUCGCCAGCAAGUUCAGGGGCAAAUACCUCUCCAUCAUGCCUCUGGGUGCCAUCCACCUCGAGUUCCACUCCAGCGGGAACCACUACGUCUGGAGGAAGGUCACCUCCACCGUUCACAACAUCAUCGUGGGCAAGCUCUGGAUUGACCAGUCUGGUGAAAUAGAGAUUGUUAACCAUAAGUCAAAAGAUAAAUGCCAGCUGAAAUUUACCCCCUACAGCUACUUCUCCAGAGACGUCCCCCGAAAGGUGACGGGGGUGGUGAGCGAUGCUGAUGGUAAAGCCCACUACGUCAUGUCUGGCACAUGGGACGAGAAGAUGGAGUGCUCCAAGAUAGUGCACAGCAGCCACGGCAGCACCAGCUCAGAGGGCAAACAGAAAACCGUCUACCAAACGCUGUCUCCAAAGGUCCUGUGGAAGAAGUACCCCCUCCCGGAGAACGCCGAGAACAUGUACUUCUUCUCCGACCUGGCCCUCACCCUGAAUGAGCCCGAGGAGCGGGUGGCCCCCACGGACAGCCGGCUGCGCCCCGACCAGCGGCUGAUGGAGAGCGGCCGCUGGGACGAGGCCAACGUGGAGAAGCAGCGGCUGGAGGAGAAGCAGCGGGCCGUGCGCCGCAGGAGGGAGGCCGAGGCCGUGGAAGCCCUGGAGGAAGGGAAGGACUACGAAGGCUACAUCCCGCUGUGGUUCGAGCGGAAGGUGGAUCCGGUGACGGGGGAGCUGAUCUGCGUGUACAAAGGUGGCUACUGGGAGGCCAAGGACAAGCAAGACUGGAGCGUGUGCCCCGAUAUCUUCUGAACUGCUCUGCCUGCUCUGGCCUGGCCGGCCCUGGGCGCCUCUGCAGCAGGACAGACAGAGGGACAGUGAGGACAUGCUGGCAGCAUCCUGCCGGCAGGUGACAGUGCAAAUAAACACACACACACACACUCAUGCAGAAAUCUGAAAAAGAAAAUCUAAACAGGGAUUCCAAACCUAUUUUUUUAUGCACUAAUAAAUAGCAUCCUUUUUUUUUUAAUGGUGGCUUUUUCAGCUACUGAUUAGGAAUAUGGACACGAGAAUCUGGUUUGUUUUUAGCCUAGUAUAUUUAUUGCUAUCAGGAGUUGCUGCCUCUAUCUUUCAAUGCCUCAGCUGUAUUGGCUGAGACGUCAACUUCCAAAGAUGCUCGCGUCGUGGGGAUGCCGUGCAUUUGUGUGAGCUCUUUCUCUGACUUUUUUUUUUUCCUCAUUUGUGCGUGGACUUUAAGGAGAUUUAAAAAAAAAAUCUGCUUCUGGUUCAGGUUCCUUCAAAGUCAAACACAAACAACUCCAAAUCUGCUCAGAAAACACCGGGGGCUGUGGCCGAGGUGCUUGUUCCUGGAGGCUGCUGGUGGUUCCCGCAGUGCCCGGUCAUCCCAGUAAUACCAAUCAGGACGUUUCAGCUGGUGACCAUUUUUCCUUUUUGUUUUCACUUUAAAGAAGCCUUUGAGCAGAUUCCCCAUGGUCUGCUGUGUUUAGUCAAGGUUUGGGACUGUCUUUAACGUGAUGCUUUGUGAUUGGAGUGAGGUUUGGUUUGGUUUUCCCGUACCUGCAUCCGAAGGGGGCUGAGACAGCGAGCUGCUGGUGGGGUGUGAGGAGGUGCUUGAGCACAGAGUGAAGAAAUUUGUCGCCCAGUGAAGCUUUGGGGCUUGCAGACCGGCUCUCAGCUCUGAGUCUCAGCAGGACUGACAGGUGGCAGGAGCUCUGCUGUCAGAGAGGCUCCCGGGAAGCAGCGUUUGUCCUGCUUUCCCCUCCCUGUGUCUUCCCCAGUUUGCAGGUUUCAGGUCAUGGCUAGAACACCCCUCGUGCUGCUGGACGAAAACAGCAGGAUUCCUGCAGCUGUUCUCAUGGAAGAGCUGAGCAAGCCCUGCAGGUGAUGGGUGAGGACCAGCAGUGAGCGAUGCUUGGGCACUGGGCAUGCCUGGUCCCCUGGUGCAGAGCAAGGACCCAGGAGAUGACGGACAGAUCCAGUGGAUCCCGCCGGGACAGAGGGAAUUGGAGGUACCUGCACACCUGCCUUUGCCUCCUUAGAUUUCAUUUUUGGUGUCUUCUUCUUUGGGUGUUCAUCGUAUCACGCUGACUGCUCCCUCCUGCGGGUCAGAGGCCACCUGUAGCCGGACUGUCACAUCCACAUCGGAAGAUAAUUAGCAAUAAUAAACUUCGAGGCAAUGGGAACUGGAAACCCCAGGCUGCACACGGAACACUUAUGCAAUCAGGUUCCUCUUACCAUCAGUCUCCUCCUGGUCAGCUUCUCCAGCACCUCCAUACCUGUUAUUUACAGCAAACCCAUGUGUACAGUAUAUAUAGACCCUGUAUGGCGUAACAGUAGUGAGUGGCUAUUGGAGUGGGAACACCCGCUGAUCUCAAUGUAUCCCUUAAUCUUAUUUAUUUGCUUCUAAUUUAUAUAUAUAUAUAAAUACAUAAAAAAUUAUUUUGCUUAAAUUUGUAUGGUAUACAAUAGAUAAAAAAUGAUGAAGACAGAAGCGUCUGUCUGAGUUUUUGUAGUACGAGUAUGGCCAUUUCCCUAGGCUUGUCCCGAGGUAGGGUGUAGGGGUGAUGGUGAUUUGUUCCCAAAGCAGAGAAGCAACAUUUUGCUCCAAAGCUCUUCAUUGACCCAAACUGCCACGUGAGGUUGGCCACAGCUGGCACAAGCUGCGCCAUGUCCCGUCCUGGGGCCGGGAGGAGGCUCCGUGCCCAGCUGUCCUGCUGCGCUCAGGACAGCAGCAGAAGUGGCACGGGGUGGGUUGCUCCCCUGGAUGGGUUUUGUAAAAUGGACUAGAGAUUGAGCACUUCCAAAUGCCUUAUUUUCCUUGUGUUGUCAAUGCAAGUGUUAUGCCAGGGCUGGGAAGGGCGAGGAGCUCCGGGCUGUCCCAAGACCUGGACCCGAGCAUCCCCGUGGCAGAGGUGACGUUGCUCAGGGAGUGUUGGCACCGAGUGUCCUGCUGGGCUCUGGGACACUGGGAGCUCCUCUGCGAUGUUCCCCCCGAUGUCUCUCCAAAAAUCACCAUCACGGACACUACACAGCUUAGCAGAGCCCGGGGAGUGUGAGGAGCAACCCCAGAAACAGCAAUCCCUCAUUUUUUAGGCUAAUUUUAAAAACUGCAGUAUCUUCCAGAGAUCAUCUAGCGGCAACGCUUAAUCUGAGCACCAUCUCCUGGUCUUUCUACCCACCUCUUCCCCCCCCCCCAAAAAAAAAAAAAAUUAAUGUCAUUCUACUGUAAAUGCUGUUGAAUGUAUUUCUUUUUGAACAAUAUGUUGUGAGUGAUCCCUCUUCUCCUACACGGUAAUAAAACUUGGAUUCGGG